GUGUGAUUUUAGUUUUCAGCAGAAACAGACUUUUUUGGGAGUGGGGGUGGGGAGUGGCUCUGCACCUGCACUGGACAGGGGAGCAAAAGUUCAUGAUGCAUUCAGGGAAAAUUGGUGUGUCCAACUAUACUGAAAUAAAAACAUCUAAAGAGGUUUAUUUGUGAAUGCUAUGAGUUUUCUGUAAAAUGAUUAUUGCUUAAAUAUUGCACAUGAAAUUAGCUCAUGCCUGAAGUCUGUUAAGACAUUAUCAGCUGGAAAACCCUAAAUUUUUAAUGUAUCAAGUUUGCAGUCUCAUUGUUCGUGAAAGCAGCAUGUGCAUUGUAGAUGGAAAGUACCGGAGCUGCCCUGGAUCUCUCCAACUUUGUCAGUCUUUGACUAAUUCUACAGAGGAAAAGAGGAAUAACUCCACAGCCCAAAAAGACAUGCAGAGCCAAUGCCCCUCAGGAGCUGGGAUUCCAGAGGAUUUCAAUGAGAAAGAGAAAACAGCAUCUUUCAAAAGAUAAAAGCUGAGAAACAAAAGCAAUGGGCUCGACCAAAGUUCUGAAGAUGAACCCACCUUGUGCACCCAAAGGCCUACAGGGAAAUCAAAGAAGAAGCAGACCAACAAAGGAACACCCACCCAUUCCCCUUCCCUGCUCACUGUCCAUGGUUUUACUCAAGAUCAUCCAGAUAUGAUGAGCCAAGAACCUUCAGGAGCUGAGUGGUCUAAGGAGUCAAAUGGAAAGGACAAAACAGACAUGGAUCAACAGGAUUUAACCUCUAAGAAAUUCAACCGAAAGAUUUGGAGCAAAUCUGGGAAAGAAGCGGUUUGGCAACAGCUUUCGGUUGUUGCCAUAGUGAUGGACAUCUUCACCGACAGGGACAUAUUUAAGGAGGUCAUCGAUGCGACUCAGAGAGGAGUGGCUGUCUACAUCCUUCUGGAUGAUUCUCGAGUCAGAAGCUUCCUGAAAAUGUCCCGGAGUGUUGGCAUUAAUGUCCUGGACACACCGAAUCUUGUUGUUCGUACAGUUCAGGGGCAGCAGUACCGGUGUCAGUCAGGGUGGACGUUCCACGGAGGUCUGGAACACAGGUUUAUCCUGGUGGACUGUGAGACAGUUUUGUUUGGGACGUACAGCUACACCUGGUCGUUUGAGAAGAUCAACCGGAGUAUGGUGCAGGUGGUCACUGGUCUGCUGGUUUCUUCUUAUGACGAGGAGUUCCGAAGACUCUAUGCCUUCUCCAGUGUUCCUGCAGUCCUGUCCAACUGGAGUCAAUCGUUCCCCAACGCUACUGAAAGUUUGAUGCAGAGGCUCCCAGAAAACAGAUGUGUUUCCCUCAAUCAUCUAGACCGCAAAGCCAUGAGAGGAGCCCAGCAUGGCUCAAGCUGUCACAUUGAUAUUCAAGAGAGGCAAAGUCUUAUGUAUACAACAGGAGAGCUGCAAAAGUUAAACUCCAUGAUUCGUUUGAAGAUGGAGACCAAGGGCCUUGGUGUUUCUGCUGCUGCUGAGAGGAGAGGAUCCAGACUCAGGGCCAGCAGAGAUCUGCAGAACCUGGAGCACCAGAUUCCUUUCCACUCUGAAACAUCUCUCCACAGGUGGAAGAUGGACAAAUACAUGGAGGAGAACUCUAUGGGCCCUACAAUGCCUCUACACAGCAGUCACACGGGCUUAGUGGAAGCUAGGUCACAGCAGAUUCAGAUGAUGCCCACCUCCGUCACCUCUAAACUGGAGGAAAUGAGGCGAAAACGACUCAGUAUGCAGGAAUCUGCCAAUCUCAGGAAAAGAUACGAGUCCUUAAACUCUGUGGACUCAGCUGCAGAACCGAGAAGGUUAACGUCUGACCCGAGCCAGAUGAUGCCAAGACUGGAUCCAAAACCCCCAAACCGUUACAGCCUGGACGAUAAAAACCCUAACCAUGCAGAGAAGGGCCCCAUUUUCUGGAAUGGUCAACGAUCUCUUUCUCAUCACAAUGUCAAAACGACCAAAGAUCAAAGGGUGAUCCGGGGGGCGCAGUCGCUCUCUAGGACCAAAUCAGAUGCUGAUCUGGAUGCUAAACUGACACCAAACCUGUCCCGCCUACACUCCAGCAGUCUCAGUGUCCAUCAGUCCAGGAUGAUGGCAUCUCUGAUCGAGAUCCCUGAAGAGAAGGAUGCCUCCAACGCUUGUGUGAAUGGUUUUGACUCAGUGCUCAUGGCACAGCACAGAGAGGCACCAGAAGACAGAGAGGCUCCUCUAAAGGAAAACUUAACAUCAGUACCACAGAAUGGAGAUCAAGUAAGAGCGACAUGUGGGUUCAAACAAAACAUCAAAGGUUCCUUUCCUCCAAGAGAAGAGCGUGGAUCCAUUCACAGCAGCCCUGAAGCAGACCUACAGGGCUUCAGCUUGUCUCGAGGACUCCAGAGUGACCACGGAAAGGAAGUCCACACAAAGCAAGAGGGACAAGAACCUCAGAGGAACGCGAAAACAGAGGAGAGUCCAGCGCUUACUGUCGGAAAAAAGGACCUCUCCAUAAGAGAGGGGGAGUCGGUCCAUAGGAGGGUCUCUCUGAGGUCCCAAAAUGCCUUCAGACUAUCGCGAGCAGCCAAGGAAGACCUUUCACCAGCAUCUACUGUAAAGCCAGCUCCCAGAAAAGGUCCGUUACUAGGAAUCUCCAGGUCACAGAACUCUCUUACUGGUUCGUCUGUACCAGACGGUCACAAGUCUCUGUUCUCCCGGCUGUCUCCUCAUCAUUCAAGCAAAAGAAAGACGUUGUCUCUGCUUUCAGUGGAGCAGAAGCAAAGCUUGAGGAGCACUCAGAAGGAUGAAGGAGCAAACGUCUCUCAGACAAAGCCAGAAAGAACUUACAGUCAGAGCGAGCUGUUCCUUCAAGGUGAAAUGUUCCCUGUGGGGAAGUCCCAGAGGAAAGUAAGUACCUUAGACAAACUCAGAACCUCCUCCCUGAACAGACGGGACAACGACCACCAGGCUUCUGACAACAAGCUGGGCCGGCUCAUUCAGCGCGUGGGGAACCUGAUCAACAAGAACAAGGAGGCGGGCCACUUCGGCUCCACAUAACAACCCAAUGUUCGCUCCCAUCAGUGUCCACCACGCAUCAGCGCAGCUAAAACGCAGCACCAGUGUCUUCUCAGGUCUUCGUUCGGAAUCUUGUGAUUGGAUCCAAGUCUGAAGAUCCCGUCUGCUGUUCUUACCUAAAAGUGUUACGGUGCUUCAAACGUCCUCAAAGUACGGGACAUCACAUGCCUAGCAUGGAUUCACGUGUCUUUUAGUGUUGUUGCUGAUUUUAUAUUAUUAUUCAUGUCUGUAAACAGAGCCAACAAAGAGUUCACGUUUAUUUUUGUUAAUCAUCUCAGCUGUCUCUUCUGAAGGGCUGAAGACGAUAGUGUUCUUGACAUCCUGAUCAGCUGUACGGAUGUGUACUUGGGUUAUGUUUGGUUCUGUCAAACUGCAGCUAAUCCCGGGUUAUUAUAACCCACAAGCACUUGGGUUAGGGUUAGUUAGCUUCCCCAACGAUGAUGACACAAGCAAAAACACCACAUGACUCAGCACUUUAAAGGUUACGUAAGCGUUUAUUUUCAAAUUUCUCACAAUUAUCUUGAUAAAAUAACUUUUUCCUCUCCAAAUAAAAGUUUCAUACCCAC